AUGGCUACCAACGGAUCAAAGUCUCUCAACCUAUGGGACAACUACGUCCAAAUUAUCAAUGGCAAAAGCUCCCCUACUGAAAAGUCCCACAGGGGCGUAAACCCAGCUACCCUCGAAAAUAAACCAGAUGUCCCCGUCGCCACCCAAGACGAUCUCAACCAAGCAGUCGACGCCGGCAGGAAGGCAUUCAAGUCUUGGUCAAAAGUCCCAUGGGAGGAACGUAAGAAGAAGCUCUUCGAGUGGGCUGAUGCCAUUGAGGCGCAGAAGAAUGACUUUAGAGAUCUUCUUAUCUCUGAACAGGGAAAGCCGAUUCCACAAGCUUCCUCUGAGACCGAUGCUGCUAUCGCUUGGGUUCGAGGCCAGGCUAGUAUUGAUCUGCCCGAGGAAGUCGUUGAGGAUAGUGAGACUCGCAAGAUCGUGACGCGGUAUACUCCUCUUGGUGUUGCGGCUGCUAUUGUACCGUGGAACUUCCCCCUCAUGCUUGCUGCUGCUAAGAUUGCUCCGGCGGUGCUGACGGGAAACGUCAUCAUUGUGAAACCAUCCCCAUUCACUCCCUACUGCGGCCUAAAGCUAGUCGAGUUGGCGCAACAGUUCUUUCCACCUGGUGUUGUGCAAUCACUCAGUGGCGAUGAUAACCUCGGACCGUGGAUCACGAGUCAUCCGGGGAUUGACAAGAUUAGUUUUACGGGGUCGACACACACGGGCAAGCUAGUUAUGCAGAGUGCUGCCAAAACACUUAAACGUGUGACUCUUGAGCUUGGUGGUAAUGAUGCUGCUGUUGUAUUCCCCGAUGUGGAUAUCGACAAGGUUGCUGAGAAGGUGUCAAUGUUGGCUUUCUUGAACUCAGGCCAAAUCUGUCUCAACGUAAAGCGCGUUUACGUGCACGAAUCCAUCUACGAGAAAUUCCGCGACGCCGUCGUUAAGCACGUCAAGAACUAUCAGAUUGGCGACGGCUCCAAAGACAGUACCAGCCAUGGCCCUAUCCAAAAUCAGAUGCAGUAUAACAGAGUCAAGACCUUCUUUGACGAUAUUGAGAAGCAGGGCUGGAAGGUUGCUACAGGCGGAAGCUUUGACCCUUCCCCUAAGGAUGGAUAUUAUAUCACGCCUACUGUUAUUGAUAAUCCUCCUGAUAACUCGAGGAUUGUUGUUGAGGAGCCGUUCGGUCCCAUCCUGCCGCUCCUUUCAUGGAAGGAUGAAGAAGAGGUAAUCGAUCGAGCCAACGACACACGUCUUGGCCUAGGUGCAUCAGUCUGGUCCGGUAACCUUGAGACGGCCGAGCGGGUUGCCAAAGCUCUCGAUGCAGGGACAGUCUGGGUCAACAACCACUUCGAUAUUACGCCUAUGGCGCCGUUCGGAGGACAUAAGGAGUCGGGUAUUGGUGCAGAGUGGGGAAUCAAUGGACUCAAAGGGUUUUGUAACGUGCAGAGUCUUUUCUUGAGUAAGGUUGUUGCUUGA